AUGACGAUGGACAUUCGGCAGUCUCGGUUGAAUGUGAAAAUCAACGGACAUUGCACGGGAGCUAGUACGUGUGACAGUGACGUGAGUGGAAUAGAAAUGGCCCACACAAAGUUGGAUAGUUUCCGAACUGGUAAGAGCUCCGGUAAGCGAUCGUUUGACGUGGCUUUCCUAAUGAUGCCAGACGAAAAACUGAAAACUAAGCAAGUGAAAAAAGCACAAUCACCGACAAUUGAUGUGGAAAGUGAUUCAACUCAGUCGACCAGAUCCGAGGACUUGUCAGUGAAAAACGGUUUCAGUCCAAUUCGUCCGGCCGAGGAAAGAAACUUCAAUCUGGAGUUACUCAGCAGGCCAAAACCUCACGACGGUAGCCCCACAACAAUGCAGGAGAUCAAUCAAGAACGAUUGUCUUACAUGCUGCCUAGUGGCAGGUUCUACGAAAAUCCGGGUCUAAUGGCGAUUCGUGAGAAAGCUGCUGGAAAUUUCCUUGGGUCAGAACUGCCACGAAGUGCAUUUUCCAAAGUUACCAGCAUCACAAUUCCAGACUCUCCGAUUCCACCGCUGAGCCCCGACCAACAUAGUUGUCCUUCAACAAGCCCUCCCAUUUCGAUCAGUCCGGGUGCUCCGACCAGCUUCCGUUACGAUUAUCCAUUCAUGAAUGGAAGUCCCCAGCAUCCAGCAGAUCUUAGUCCGUCACAACCAUCCAAACUGAAACCCAUGAUGUAUCGCCCAGGUCCCAUGCCAGACCCGGAACUGUCCCAAGGAUACUUUUCAUCACCUCCGUUCAUGCCAUUCGCAGCCGGUGGUCCACCGAAUAUGCUACCGGAAGUCGAUGGCAUCAUCCGCAACCCAGCGGCUGCCGCCAUACUGUCUACCCUACUGCCGACGGCGAUGGGUGCCUUCAGUCUGUCGGCACAGAAUACCUGCGCCAAAUGUAACAUCAGCUUCCGGAUGACCAGCGAUCUGGUGUACCACAUGCGAUCGCACCACAAGAACGAGCACCAGCAGGAUCCGCACCGACGGAAACGCGAGGAAAAGCUCAAGUGUCCGGUGUGCAACGAAAGUUUCCGCGAGCGGCACCACCUAACGCGACACAUGACGGCGCACCAGGACAAGGCCGGGGACCUGUUGGAUCCGAAAAAGCGUACAGCGGAACAGCGCGGCGGGCGUCCGUAG